AUGACGGAGCCCCCCGGCGAAGGCCCCGCCGCGCCGCGGCCCUCCCUCGUCCCCAGCCCGGACCAGAUCGCGCAGGAAGACUUCCUCAACAACUGCUUCACGCGGGCCGUGAUCUCGGGCGGCAUGGGCGGCCUGUUUGGGGGCGUCUUUGGCAUCUUCUCCGCGAGCUUGGAGGGCACGUCGGGGUCGAUGGCGAGCGAGGCGGCCGCCGCGGCGGGCCAAAAGGCCGCCCCAUGGCGCGAGUCGCUGCGGGACGCAGCCAGGAGCGCGGGAUCCAAGAGCCUGUCCUACGCCAAGGGCUUCGGCGCCGUGGGGCUGUUGUUCGCGGGGUCGGAGUGCCUGAUCGAGAGCUACCGCGCCAAGCACGACAUCUACAACUCGGCCUACGCGGGAUGCUUCACGGGCGCGGCGCUGGCGCACUCCGGGGGGCCCAAGAUGAUGUGCCUGGGCUGCGGCAGUUUUGCGGCGUUCUCCGUCCUCCUGGAGAGGUUCCUAGACUGA